AUGGAACGACUCCAAAAGAAGCAGGCAGCCCUGCGACAAGCAAUUGACAAGAUCAUCGCAGCGGCCAGCGAACCACUGCAAUCGCCAACCAUCCAAGUCGGUGAGCUUGAGGAACACCUCGACCUUCUUCUUGAACAGGCAGAGGAGUUAAAAUCCGUAAACGAGAGCAUCGAAAAGAAGAUAGAUCUGCAAGAAUUAGAUGCAGAAUUAGAAGCGUGCGCUGCAUACACGGAGAAGAUAUGCUCCCUCAAAACAAAGCUCAAGAGAGCUCUCAGAAGUCAGACAACCAACGAGAGCAGGUCAACAACUCCGUCAGUGACAGGCAACACGUCAGAUCACGAAGCAAACCACAUAAGUUCCGUCCCGGGCGCAGUAUUCCAGCCACCAUCAGCAACAACCAAAUUACCGAAAUUGGAAAUCGCAAAAUUCAGCGGGGAUCUGUGCUCGUGGCAGAAAUUCUGGAAUCAAUUCGAAUCAGCUAUUCACAAGAACAGCACCCUGCCUGCAAUAGCCAAGUUCCAGUACUUAACGAGCUACCUAACCGGAAAAGUCGCCUCUGCUAUAGAAGGGUUGUCGAUCAGCGAUCGAAAUUACGACAUCGCGGUGAAGACCCUCAUAGAGAGAUUUGGGAAAGAGGACGUCCUAAUUGAGGACCACAUGUCGCGUCUGCUUGACGUCCGCCCAGUGAACAAUCUGCGUGACAUCGAAAGUCUGAGGACCCUCUACGACGAAAUCCGCGCCGGAGUCCGAAGUCUAGAGGCGCUGGGAGUGUCGUCGAGCAAAUACGGCACGCUGCUUCUUACAAUUCCUCGUAAAAGCAUCCCAAGUGAACUUUGCUUGGCGUACUUCCAACGGAAGGCCGCCUCACCUGAAGCGCCCGAAGACGAGCUUCUCGGUUUCCUGGAUUUCAUGAGAGGGGAAGUUGAGAGCAGAGAGAGAACCCAGAGUGCAUUACGCCAUGUGGAGGACGCCGCUAACAAACAGAAAGCACCGAGCAAAGGCGACGUUCGUCUCCAUAACCCAUCAGCGUCUGUUCUCACCGUAACCAGCGUAGAAGCGCAAUGCGCAUUUUGUGAUGCAGAAGGACAUCAACCAGCGAACUGUGUCGCCCCUGUAAGCAUAGACAAGAAGAAGGAGGUGAUGUCAAGAGAGCGGCGCUGUUACAAGUGUGCGAAAAAGAAGCACCGGGCCGCUGAGUGCAGAACUGCAAGGUGGCUGAAGUGCGCUAAAUGCUCUGGACGACAUGCAACAGGCGUCUGCGAAUUCAAUCAAAGACUGACGCAACCUCCCUCAUUAGAAGAUGCUGCACCAGCAGAGACAACAGUGCAAUCGUCGCUACAGGUGGGACCAACACGGGGAGCGACCCGUGUGCUUCUGCAGACGGCGCGAGCGUAUGCGGAAGGCCAGCACAAGAGUGCUCUGGUGAGAAUGCUGUUCGACGGUGGCAGCCAGAGAACAUUCAUACGACAGGAAGUUUCCCGGCGCCUCAAUCUUCGCGUCACAGGAGAGGAGAAGCUCGCUAUUUACGCCUUCGGAAGCGAGAAGCCGUCUGAGCAAAGAAGGUGUCAUCGCGUGGAGUGCUGGCUAUGGAACUGGCGCAACAACGCCAGAAUCCGCAUCGAAGCACUAGAGGUGCCCGAGAUCUGCGGAGACCUCCUGCCACCACCUCACGACGGCACGGCCAGCGUCGCUCAUGAACAGGGCCUCCAGCUUGCUGACACCUUACCUGGCGGUUACCACCCUGGUGUUGGAGUUGAUCUGCUUAUUGGGGCAGAUCAUUAUUGGGACAUAACAACAGGAAAUGUCAAGCGCCUCUGUAAGAAUCUCGUGGCCAUGGAGACAGCAUUUGGGUGGACAUUGCAGGGCACGGAGCCUACAUCGUCCGUCGCAACCUACGUGAUGCGGGUAGGCGUGGCCACAGGACCCGACGAAAUUUCUCCUCAAUUGAGGUCAUUCUGGGAGCUGGAGCACCCUGGUAUCGUCGACGAUGCACAGCUGACCGCCAAAGACGACAACGUUCUCUGGGCCUUUGAAAAAAGCAUCGUACAUAAGAACGGUAGAUACGAAGUAACUCCCCCACAGAGAGAGAACGCGGCAGACUUGACGGCCAACAAGAGCACACCAAUGAGCCCACUGCCCUGCUUCCUCCCUACCGAGUCACCCAGGCUGAUCCAUCAGAAACAACGGGUAUCGACGUUGCGGGGCCCAUAUUCUACAACGAUAUCGGGUCCGAACACAAAGCUUAUAUCACUUUGUUCACUUGUGCGACGACACGAGCCGCCCCCUCGAGCUCAAUGGCGGCCAGGAAUGAGCCGGUAA